CAACAAUUUUCAAAACAAAAGCCUUGAUUUUCGCUGUUUUCAAAAGCUUAAAAAAAGUACUCUUGUAUGUAUGUAUAUUUCGCAACCUACGGAAAUUAUGGAAAAUUGCGGAAAAUUGCGAUACAAUCGAACUCCAAUUUUCAUACCUGGAAGAUGUGGAAAAAACGAAAUUUUAUAUCCGGGAGACCAAGCGGACGAUUGGGUUUGCGAUUGCCGGCCAGCCCACGUAUACUACCCGGCCGACUCUGCCUGCCAUCCGCUGUAUACGCAGGCAUACUGUCCGGCCGAUCACUACGUAGAAAUCCCUGCUGGCGAGAAAUUAGCUCGGUGUACCAAAAAUAACUGCGAAGAUAAGAAAAAGAUUCCUUUCCGAAGCAAUUGUGUCUUUCUGAACCGGAAUAACGAUAAAAUAUGCCCGAUUGUGCAGCGAAUCAAAUAUGUUGUAGGAGUUAACGAUAUAACACUGCAACUUGACUGUAUUUCAAGUGCUCCCUUGAAUCUGACUAGGAUCCCUGAAAAAAGAUUUUCCGAUGACUCCAUUGAAUUAACGGCCGACGGGAAAGUACUUUUCUUGAAAGCUGUUCCCUGUGCUCUAGGAUCUAAGGCUUACCUGAGUGGUCGUUGCAACAUUACGAUAGACAGCGAUGAUAGACAAUCAUCAGACGAUCACAAUCAAUCGAACACAAACUAGGUAGCUUAUUUUAAGAAAAUAGCGUGACGUUCAGUGAAAAAAAAAUCAAAUAAAUGUUUAGAAUAAAUUUCUUUCCAAUGAA